CACUGGAGAUAAAGUCUAAUAUCACCAAAAUUUUACCAUGGUUGUAUGUAGUACAUUCACCAUGGUGAUAGUAGUAGUUUCACCACGUUUUUUAAAAAGUUGGAAUUUUUUAAUUUUUUUUAGAUGAAAAUGUACAGCAAGAUUUUCUUAUAUCAAAUAUACAAAUUUUAUUUUAUUUGAAUGAAAACUCAUAGAGUUAUUAACAUUUAAAGAUGUUCUUGAGGAGUUUAUAUAUUAGAAAUCACAAAAAAAAUAAUUUAACUUACAGCCAGUGCGAUAUUAUGGUUUUAAUUGGACAAAAUAAAAACUUUAAAAUUUUGUACAACUUUGAAGAUAUUUUUAUUUCUCAAGUUCAUUUAAAUCAACGAUAUAUAGGCUUAAACUCAAUCUUGUAGGACAAAAAAAUAUUUUAUACUUUUUUUUUUAAAUAUUUAAAAGUAGUACAUGCUUGCUUCAAUUUCCUUAAUAGUAUUUAUUUGUAAAAAAAAAA